CACGUAUCCUGCAGAAGCAAACGAUAUCUCGACUGAUGGAGGCCUGCAGACGAGGAGGAACAUAAUGUUUUAUUCGGGGAUGUCAACUUGCCCGAAAGGGUCUGGGAUGGUCUGGCAAUCGUUCCAUGCACUGCCAAUGAAGUGACACGAUGUUUUCAGCCACCCACUCCACUUUAUGAGGAAGGGGCUCUGCGUAGCCAAUCGAGGGAAUAACGGAACACAGCACACAGCUGACGGUGGGACUCGAGCUCAGCGCCGAUGGUAAACAAACGCUCGCAUGUGUUGUCGGGACUGCUGCUGCAGAGACCUGGAGAAAAAGCCUCAGCUUCGGGGAAGUAGGAUGCGAAAUGGAGAACUGAAGGCAGGUGGACGCGAGAUGAAAAACAGCACACCAAUGCUCACAAUUCAUCCGCUUGAGAAAGGAAGGAUCGCUGGUCAGACGCAUAUGAUCAUCAUCGGGGCGAUGUUUUACUGUAGUUUGAUGACGUUGUAUCAGUGUGUUGUUGUUUCGAGUGAGUGACGUUUCUAGGAUUGGUUUGUGUUUUUUUGAGACCCCGGUGCUUGUGUGGUCUUCGCUCAUCUUGUGAAGAUGUCCUUCGUGAUGGAGGAUAAUUUGGAGUCUGGGUGGGUGGCCGUUCGGCCCAAUGUGUUUGAGGAAAAGGAAAAACACAAAUUUGUUUUCAUCGUCGCGUGGAAUGAGGUGGAGGGUAAAUUCGCCAUCACAUGUCACAACAGGACGGCGCAGAGGAGAAGCUUCGGCAGGGACUCCUUCGUGGACCUCACGGGCCAGGAGGAGAAAACAAAAUGGCCCAAAAGUCCAGUUAAAGAUAAAGCUGCCAGAAGCCCUGGCAAAGGAGCGAUGGUACCCGUGGUUAAAAGCCUCCAAACUAAAUCUCCAUCAAAUUCGAGCCUGUGCAAAACCCCUCAUGCGAUCAAAGCGGUUAUGUCCCCAAUUAGUACGGACAGUGAUGUGUUGGAAGCGCUUAAAGAAGACUCCCUCUCCCCCCUCGUUGAGCAUUUAGAUCUGGAAGUGUUUGACAGUUUGAGCAAAGAAGACUGUAGCUGGGCCGGCCUAUUUUCCUUCCAAGAUCUGCGUACCAUUCACAUACAGUUGUGCUCCGUGAACUCUGAUCUUGAGCCCUGCCUCCCCAUCUUCCCGGAGGAGCCAGCGGUGAUGUGGGCCGUUCUGUUUGGCACGUCUGAGGUCCCCGAGGUGGAGAUGGAUGAACUGUGUUACCGACUACACAUGUACCUGGGACAUGCCCUCGACACAUGCGGGUGGAAAAUAUUGUCCCAGGUCGUGUUUACGGAAAACGACGACCCAGACGAGUACUACGAGAGCUUGAGUGAACUGAGGCAAUCCGGCUACGAGGAAGCGGUUAACCGUACAAGAAAACACCUAAAUGAGCUACUGGAGCAACACAGGAGCAUGGAGUGUAUGGUGGAGCUGUUGGCCGUCUACGAAGAGGAGGACCAGGCCUACGGAAACCUUCUGGAGGGCUGUACACAGCUGUACCAGUACCUGCUCCAGCCCUUCAGGGACAUGAGGGAGCUGGCAAUGCUGCGCAGACAACAGAUCAAGAUUUCCAUGGAGAAUGAUUACCUUGGCCCACGGCGGGUCGAAGCUCUUAAGAAGGAGGAUUCCGAUUGGCAGAAAAAGGCUCAGGAGGCGGUACUUAACAUCCAGGAGUUCACAGUGAAAUACUUUGAGAUCACGGCCAGAGCUCAGAAGGGUGUCUAUGAGCGAAUGAGGACAGACCAGCGUAAGUUUGGGAAGGCCGCCUGGGCCGCGGCAGUGGAGCGCAUGGAGAGGGUCCGCUACUCGGUCGCCAAGGAGACGCUCCAGCUCCAGAGAGCCAGGGAGAUCUGUCUGGAGCAGAGGAAACACACGCUCAGGGAGGAGAUGCAGAGGCUGAGGAGCGGGGAGGACGCCCUGGCGCGUCUGGACCGCAUGGAGGGCCAGUAUUACGGCCUGCAGCUGCGGCUCUACGACAUCCAGGCCGAGAUCCUCCAGUGUGAGGAGCUGCUGCUCACCGCCCAGCUGGACAGCGUCCGCAGACAGAUGACCGAGCGGCAGGACGAGGUGGUGUACUAUGACACCUUUGAGUGUCCCGAGGCCAUCGGGGAGGUGGACCCGGCGGGCCGGGAGGAGCUGAGGAGGCUGCAGACCACCGCGCGGCAGCUGGAGGCCCGGAGGGGCCGCAUCAGCACCAAGCGCUCCUACCUCAAGAACAAGAGGGAGAUCUGUGUUUCCAGCCACAGUGAGAAGCAGAGGAAACGCCAAGCCAGCCAGAAGGACUCACCAUCCAAACAGCUCUCUCAGACGGAUGAUGAGGAGGAGGACGAGGACAGAAGAAACAGCCGAGUCAGUCAGGAAAGACAGACCACCCUAGACAGACUACGCACAUUCAAACAGCGGCACCCCGGUCAGGUGAUCCUGAAAUCCAUCCGGCUGCGUGGCGCCGCCCACUCCCGGCGGAGCAAGCGAGGCGGGGCGAGGGAGACGACGACGAAGGACCACCAGUGUCUCAGCACCAGCGUCCAGACGGACCCCACCCCGGGCGCUGCCCUCACCACCCAGCCCCACGCCUCCUCCUCCUCCUCCUCCCCAGCUCCCCCUCCUCCCCUGGACGUCCCCCGGCCCCUGGACCUCUCCUGCUCCCCCUGCUCCCUUCUGUCCUCCCCCACCUCCCCUGCUCCCCCCCCACCCCCACCCCCCCCACCGCCGCCUCUGCUCCAACCCAGGGACGAGCAGCCGACCCCCGGCCCGGGGGCCGGUGAGCAGGACCGGGCGGCGGGGGUCCCGGAGCGCAGCGCGUCCCCGCUGGGGCCCUUCGUCCCCCGCUUCUUUGACAGCAGCCAGCUGGUGAGCGCCAGGCAGAGGCUGAGGAAGACCCCGGAGCUGGACCCCGACAGCAGGCCAGUGAGCUCCCCCAUGGACGAGGUGCUGGCGUCGCUCAAGAGGGGCUGCUUCCACCUGAGGCGGGCCGACCAGCGCGCCCUGCCCCCCCCUCAGGACGGCGCCGAUGGCGCCGACGACGACGCCAACAGCAUCCUGGCCCAGAUCCGCAAGGGGGUGAAGCUGCGGCGCGUGCCCCGCCGAGAGAGGCGGGCGGACGGGGAGCUGCCGCCGUCCACCGACCCACUGACCCGGAGCAUCCACGAGGCGCUGCGCCGCAUCAAGGAGGCCUCGCCCGACUCCGAGUCCGACGACGACGACGACGGCGGGGGGUUCCCCUGCCCCGACUGGGAGAGCUAAGUCGGCCAGCGGCGGCGGGCGGCGGCCUUUAUUCCAUAAAAGAUGGCAGGCCCGGUAACGCUAAUGCUAACGGCGGCGCGGCACACCGCGACACACAGGGGCAGAGUACGGUUAUUAACCGGUUAUUAACGGUUAUUAAGGUACUUCCUUCUGGCAUACACACCCAUGCACAAGCAGGGCAGACAAGAGCCAAGGGUCGUUUUUUGACAAUUGUUGACCAGGACUUGAGUUCUACUGUCUUGCUUAUCAAGAUAAGAUACACACACACACACACACACACACACAUGCACACACAUACACACACGUCGGGCUGCCCGGCCCGGGGUCUGUGGUUCACUACUGGCACAACCAUCGUGAGGGUGACGGAUGUUUGUGAUCCGUUCCACUAGUUUACUGUCACCUCUGAUUGAUGUAUUUAAUCCGAACCGUACUGUACCAUGAUAAUUCAGAGUUAACGUCAUUUCAGCUGCGCCCACAGAGAACUAGGCCGGCUGUUGCCCAUUCCACACUAACCUACUGACAGUGGCAGUAAUCGAUGUUAUUGUGAGUGGCGUGAUGUUGAAACACCUCCUUUUCUUUUCACUUUUACUUUCUCUAUAACGGCGAUGAAUACAUCGCCCGGGUAAAUAUUGAACGUUCAAGCUAAAGAUUAUAGCAAGGUACAGUCUGGCCAACGCAUGCUCUGGUCCCCUUCGAUCUUGUUAGCAUAUUACACAGAUACUGAAGAGGCUGUGUGGCGCAAACCCUUAUGAUUAUUACCAAUUACAACCUGCAUUGUUCAGCGUUCGCCAUCUGUUUCUGUCCUUUACAGACAAGUGGUGUUGAGAACCAUUCUGAGUUGUAUGCUGAUUAUCUCAACUUUUAUUACCUACACCUGCUUUACAGUUGGCUUCAGCGAAAAACGACAGGUCCCACCGAGAUUUGAACUCGGAUCGCAGGAUUCAGAGUCCUGAGUGCUAACCAUUACACCAUGGAACCCUGAUGGUGUCACUGUCUGUCCUUUACAAACCAGAUGUGUUCACAACCAAUCAGAGUUAUAUGCUAAACAUCUAAACUUUUAUUACCUACUCCUUGCUUUACACCAAAGUUCUCUCUAGCCAGGCUAAAGCGGAAAAGGUCAGGUCCCACCGAGACUUGAACUCGGAUCGCAGGAUUCAGAGUCCUGAGUGCUAACCAUUACACCAUGGAACCCCCAUGUCAUCUCUCUGAAACAAACGCAGACUUAACAGGAGUAUUUUUAGCUGGCCCGGCUCCUGUUGCUGACCCUCUCUGAGCCCCUCGGCUGCUCUGUAUCCUGUCACCCAUGUCGUCACUGUAGCGCACGAGGGGAGACAGAGAGAGAAAGCCAUGACCCCCUGCUUGCAUAAUCUCACACCAGGUCAGACGUGGUCCUCCCCUCUCUCUAUAACUCACUCACGAGCACGCCAUCUGUGUACUGGGAACUGGCACUCGCUGAUGAGUGUGGGCAGACUUAGUUUGACUAUGGCCCCAACGUAUGAUGCAGUCAUUUAGAAGGACGGAGGUGGCGUGCCAGUAUGUGACGGUUGACAUGCUCAUCCCUGACGAGCCGCACACGUAUGUGGUGUGGGCGAUGGAGACGGAGGCUACAGAUCUACGGUGAUUCCCAUGCCUGCUUCAUCCCAGGCACUCUCUUUCCCUCUCUCUCUCUCCUCUCCCUCCCGCCUCUGUGCAGUAGGAGUUGUGUUACUCAUAGUUCACGGGGUAAUGCUUACUCACAGACGCUUGUAGACCCCCCCUCUCACACACACACACACACACACACGCUCACACACACACACAUACACACAAGCACCCACACGCACGCACACACACACGCAAACACACACACAAACACUUUCCAUCUUAACUCAUGAGUGAGUCGCACACUUUCAUGACGCAUACCACAACCUGAGAUCUGUAUAAUAUUUGUAUUUUUUCUGUAAAUCUCUCGGUCAAGUGCAGUCGCUACGAGGAAAAGGAAGAACUACUAGACUGGCUUCACAAACCGUGCAUGGGCACUGAACGACAUUUACAAUGGAGUCUUAUAGAUCACGCAGACACUGGACACUGCGAACGACAAAGCGAUGAGGGGGACGUUAAGCAGAAAAAGGCUUCAUACCAUUAUGCACACAAUCUCUGCAUGUCCUGAGAUGAAAAUUGGUGUAUUAAUAUUACACAGUAUACACACACCCACACAAACACAUACACACACAAACACACACACACACAAACUGAUGCACACAGACGCACGCAAUAGCUUGAUUAUGUUCUUUGGAUGGAAGAUAGUGAAGCAGACACUGUGGCAAAAAAUAACGCUGAGCUAUGGGCUGAAAAGCUUGAAAACAGUUGUGUUUUGGUUGUGUUUCUCAUGUAUGGGAGUUCUCCUUUAGCACUUGUAACACUCAGCACAACAACUCCCUGGAGAUGAAGCACAGGAAGAAGAAACACACACUGUCAACUUAGUUGGCAUGAUCAUACACUAUUGGACUGACCGCCCAGCUACGUGCUCACUCUUUCUUUGUUUCAUUUACCAGUUAACAUAAUUAACAACAUGAACGCCCUCCCCCCCAACUACUUAACCCAGUGUAGCAAUGCUUGUUUGCACUAAGACCUGAAACCUGAUUGUUCGUAUUCUGUUGGAUUUUUGUAUUUGUAUUCUUGCUAUGUUAUGUUUUGGCAUUCAAGCGCUUGACUUUGUAAUCUAUAUUUUCAAAUAUUUCCCUCCCAAAAGGUUUUGUGAUGCAUUUUCCUGCAAACCUUUCAUUUGCUGCAUUGACCCUGGAGUACAUGACCCUCGGCCCGAAUAAAUCAGUCCCAAGAAAAGUGCAAUAUAUCACGAAAAGAAAUGCUUAAAAAACAUAAAGGUUGAAUUAUUGAGCUUUAUUCCCUUAAAAUAGGGAGCCAUUGAGAAUUUGUUUUCAUUCCCGUUUGAUUACUGUUCACACAGUACUGUAAAGACACACUAUUUCAAGAGUACUAUUUUGCUUCUAUUCCUGUGUUCAUUUUCAUUUAUUCAAAUCCUUUUUUGUAUCUUGAACUAUUACCUUGCGGUUUAAUAAAACAUUGUGAUCCAAA